CACCAUAACUCCCACUCAGCUGUCACCGCGGAGGGGGACGUUAGGUUUCCACGACGCAUUACGCAUCAUCCAUUCACAGAUCCGCGGGACGUGGGAGUCUCCUCACAUCUCUUCAUCCACGCGUCGGGACACACCGCGUCUCGUCGUCUGGGUCAAGUUUUUGGAGCAACUUUGUUGCGCAGCUGCUAUUUUCUGACCCCCUCCUCCUCCUGCUCCUGCUCCUGCUCCUCCGUGACGGGGGAUGCGACCGAGUCAUGAGCUGCAGCACGCGUCCUGGUCACGGACCGGACUGGAGCCACAGCCUCCUCUACCUCACCGUGCUCCUGUGGAGCAGACGCGUGGGCGGACUGGCUGACUUCUCAAACUACCUGUCCAGGAUCAUCACCAGUCACUCGGCCCACGCGUGCGACGGCGAGCCGCUGCGCCUCCACUGUCCACGUCACUCCACCAUCUCCAUCCAGGCGGCCUUCUACGGCAGCGGCGAGGCGUGGCUGUGCAGAGCGGCCCCCGACCCGGCCCCCGACCCGGCCCCGGCCCCGGACCCUCCGCUCGGAGCCCGCAACCACAGCUGUUCAGCGUUUACUGCCCUACAGAAGCUGCUGUCAGAGUGUCAGAGCAACAGAGAUUGCCAGCUACCUGUCAAUCCACUGCUGUUCGGGAAGGACCCCUGUCCCGGCACCGCCAAAUACCUCCACGUGGACUACAAGUGUAAACCCACCGAACACAAGAGACACGUGGCGUGUGAGGGCGACACCAUGGUCCUGAGCUGUAAGCCCCCCAGGGUGCUGAACAUCUAUGCAGCUGUGUACGGCAGAAGUCUGGGCCAGGCCGACACCUGCCCCUCGCCCCUGACGAGACCACCCCCUUUCGAGUGUCUCAACCACGGGGCCGUGCGCUCGGUGUCCAACUCCUGCUACGGCAGACAGAAGUGUGCUGUUGCCGUCGGCAACCAGACCUUCAGGGACCCCUGCGCUCCAGGAACCAGGAAGUACCUCAGCGUGCUCUAUUCUUGUGUGCCGCACUCUUUACUGAGGGAGGCAGACCCGAACAUAUUCAGCUCCACCUCGUCUCCGACUGUGGACACGGAAAAGGAUCUGGAGGAGUUUUCCUCCAAAGGGCCAAGAAGGCCGGGCGACUCGGGAGCUAUGAUGAGCAACUCUCUCCUGACCUAUGCCUACAUCAAAGAGCAUCCAGAGAUGGCAGCUCUGCUCUUCGCCUCCAGCGUGUGUGUUGGUCUUCUGCUCACGCUCCUGGCCGUAUCAGUCCGAGUGACCUGCAGGGGGCGCCAACUCGACGAUGACGCACUGCCAUCCAAGUCUUGUAGCCAGACUGUCACCCGCCAGGAGGAGGAGGAGGAGGAGGUGGAGGAGGAGGAGGAUGAUGAUGAUGACGAAGAGGGAACAGAGAGUUCUUGUAUCUCGACGGCAGGGAGGAAGGCGAUGUUUGGCUGGGAGGAGGUGACGUACGUGAGCGAGGCGUCUGAGCGGGCGGAGAGGAUCGAGCGCAGAGAUAUGAUCAUACAGGAGAUUUGGAUGAACGCCUACCUGAACGGCAGCUCGUGUUGAACAAACCAGGAAACUUUUAUUAUCGUUUUUUUUUAAACAUGAAACACUGGAUCUGCAGUACUAGCCAAUUUUCUUAAUUAUCCAUUUUAGGGCUUUAUGGGUGGCCAAGUAAAUUUGGAAAUUUUAAAAUAUCGUAUUUAUUUAUUUACAUUCACCAUCAGAUGAAGUAAAUGUUUCAGGUUUUGAGUACGGUUUCCAAAGAAAAGGUCAAAUCACUGUUCAUGACAGAAGUACUGUAGCACAGUCGCCACAUUCAGUCAAGAACAUUACUGUACGGAUUCGUCGUCGAGGCGUCUCACAACAGAUAAUUCAGUGAAACCAAAGAACACGUCACCUCUGCCUGACAUGAAACAGUUCAAACGCAUUUCGGGUGUAAUGUCAAGGAUAAUCAACUGGUAAAAAUGUUUUGAUGUUCAUUUUGGGAAGACAAAGAAGACUGGCAAAAAUAGACACAUUGGUGUUUUCCCUACAGUAUAACUACAUUAGUGGUUAUUAAAAUUGGCAGCUGUUCAUACCAGAGAGCCACAAGGGAUCGCUCAGUGCCGUCUGAAGUCGAUGUACAAGAGGUGGAAUUGUUUUUGAUCCUUCAAACCAGCGACACGUCUCUGAAUCACCGCAUCCGCUCCGUCAACAGUUCCACCAAGUCCAACCUCUCCGGGUGAAUGAAAACACUUUCACUCUCGAGCGCGACAACUUCCUCGCCCCUGCUGGGACGUGUGUGUGUGUGUGUGUGUGUGUGGGGCUAAUGGGAGACAAAGAGAGGAAAGGUGUAGCAUCCUUGUCCCAGCACUGCACGGGAUGAACUUCUGAGACUUUGUGGAACAUUGGGGAACAUUAGCACAUCGUCAAUAGAAUGUGUAUGAACACUGGAAACCAUUCUAUCUUGUGUUUUUUUUAACAAUAAAAAAUUGUAUAGUGAAUACAGA